AUGGGGAACCGUGUCGCUCGUGAGGAUUACGAAUGGGUUUAUACAGAUCAGCCACAUGCCGACAGGAGGAAAGACAUUUUGGGUGAGCAUUUCUCCCCCCCCCCCUCCAUACCCCAGUAACGUUAGAAGCUAACAUUAACGUGUGGAUUUUUUUAACAACUAGACCUGAUAUCUAACUUGCUAGCAACCAAAUGUUGUUCGCUUAACAAGCUCAUGAAUCAAUAGUUUAGUUAAUGUUUAUCUUGUCUUGCAUCACAGCUAGCUGGCUGCUAGCUGCUAGUAACUAACGGCAACCCACUUCAUCUUCAGUGGUACGGUAUGCUAACUAUGUAGCUCACUGCAGCUAGUUAUAUAGCUAGCAGUAGCUCACUGCAGCAACAGAUUAAUAGUUAGCUAAUUGGCUAGCGUUAGUUAAUUAGCUAGUUAGCGAACAUUGGCUAGUUACUUACCUUGUGAGCCAGGCAGGGAGAGGGGUGUUAGCUAGCAGCUUUAUCUAAUUUCAACAAUUGCUGUUGCCAACAAGUAGCUAACAGUCUUCGUCAUCUAGUUAAAGUUAGCUAGCCAGGCCAAUUAUUCUGUGUAAAGAUUCCUGUGUACGGGUGUGGUUUUGGUAAAUAUUGCCUAGUUAGCUAUUUCUCCAAUCUAGCCCAAACUGGAAACCGUUACUAGUAACGUUACAACAAAGUCCCUGCCAUGACCCCUACUAGACUCACUGACUGAGACACACCCUGAAAGUGAACAGUUAGCUAGUCAGCCUGUAACGUUAAGCUAUUUGGAGAUUACACGAUGGUAAAGAUUCAAAAGAAAAAUACCGUUGGAAUAAGCUAGUAAACGAUACAAUCAUGAAAGUAGUUAGCUAGUUACAAAUAAUAUUAUUUAUUAUUGUUGUCCAACUCGCACAUUGAGCAUUGUCAUGGGAAUGGUGACAUAAAUGUAACUGAGAACAAAGGGGCAGGGGGCAGCACAUAGAAUUAGAAUAGGACUGUAGCUAGAGGUAAGUCAGAGGCACUGGCACAACUGAUCUCUAGGGCUAGUGUGUGGUGCCCAAAACCUUGUGGGUGUGGUACCAGUAGUCCCUUGGCCAUAAUUACUAUGUGGCCAACUUUUGAGAUGAAGGGGACUCGUGUAAUGAGGAGCAGGUGGUCUUCUGUAUGCAUAGUCUUGUCAUGGAUAAUUGGGGUUGAGUGGGCUUUCUGAGAGUCCAAUGUUGAUAUAGUUCCAACAUGUUUUGCAUGUCAGUAAUCAAGUUUUCAAUAACUUUCAUACUGGCUGUAUUUCAUAUGAUGGAAAAUGGAUCAUACUGGCUGUAUUACUGUAUUUUGAAAGUUUUAUAUAUUGAAAACUUGAUUGCUGACAUGCAAAACAUCCCUUUGUGCUGAGUCCGGGCCCUGUCGAUGUCAUAAAGAACUCAUUGACAAAGGAAACGUAUCCUGUCUGAACAAUUAAUUGUAGCCCUGGGAGUCCCGCAGCAUCAUGAGGCAUAGAGGGACACUGAAAGUUUCUACCAUAGAGACAGGGGGGCUACGGGCUAGUAUUGCAGUCUGGUGGUGGCUUUUUAUCUCAGUGUAGUUUUAUUGUAGGCCAUGUAAGGUAUUUGGACCCUUUCUGAGCUCAUCACAUCGAAUCAAGCAUGUAAAGGCCUAUGCUAAUCACAUGCCUCAGGCCUCUCCCACCACACAGCCCCUUGACGCAACAUAGAACAAUGUAGCCUACACAGGAAGUGGCAUUUCUUUGCUGGGACUUGUCCCCUAGAUUAACUGCAAUCAUGGCCUCUCUUUCUCAGUAGCCUAUUCAACAAUACGAACCUAAGCACUCUUGAAAUAUAAAAACACAGUAUGAUUUCCUAGUAGUGGAAAUUAAACUAUGUGCUUCCUUGAACUGGCAAAAAUGGCCCUAACAUGUUGACUAGACCGGUGAUGUGCGUGCACCAUCACUCGCAUGUUGAUUUUGUCCAUGGACACCAGACGUGAUAAGGACACGCAGGUUGAAAUAUCAAAACGAACUCUGAACCAACUAUAUUAAUUUGGGUACAGGUCGAAACACAUGAAACAUUCAUGGACAUUUAGCUAAUUUGGUCUGGGAUAUUAACAUUGGGUUGUUAUUUUACCUGAAAUGCACAAAGUCCUUUUUUUUCUGGAUCUUUUGUAGAAUUUUGACCCAUUUUGAGUCACACAAAAUCGUGUGUUCUCUACUCCGAUAAUUAAUCCACAGAUAAAAGGGGAAUCCUAGUUAGUUUAUAGUAAUCUCUUCUUCUUCUUUGGUCUUCUUACUUCAUAUGGCGAUUGGCAACCAACUUUAAGGUGCAUUACCACCAUCAACUGGACUGGAGUGUGGACCUCAGUUCAUCUUUCAAUCACCCAUGUGGGUAUAUACUCCUAAAAACCAAUGCGGAGAUGGGAGAUGUGGGACUUGCAGUGCAUCAAGCGUCAAAAAUAGAACCAAAUUCUAUUUUAGUGCCUUGCUAUGCAUACGCGUGCAAGCAGUUUGGAUGAAAUUAUUGAAUAACAUGCAUGUCAAAAUUUAUUUUGCAAUGCUUGUGCACGCAACGUGGGGGAUGUGGUCAGCAUGUAAGGUAAAUAUUGUCAGGUGAACAUGUAAAGCUGACUUUAGAAUAAUUACUCCAGACAUCACACAAAUCCAAUCAAAUGAUUGAUUUGAUCACUCCACAAAGUGAUAAGCAGUUAAAUUAGAUAGGAGUGCUGGACUAUUGUCAGCUAGCCAGCCCACCUCCUUCCACCUGAGUUUUUCCUGUCUCUGUCAGCCUUAAUCCUCCUUAUCAUUCAGUACUACUGAUGAAACUAACCCAAGUGCGUUACGCUGUGAUGGGACAUAUAGAUCAUGGUCUGAGAGUCGUUUAGGUGCCUUUUGGCAAACUCCAAGUUGGCUGUCGUGCCUUUUACUGAGGAGUGGCUUCCGUCUGGCCACUCUACCAUAAAGGCCUAAUUGGUGGAGUGCUGCAGAGAUGGUUGGCCUUCUGGAAGGUUCUUCCAUCUCCACAGAGGAACUCUGGAGCUCUGAGUGACCAUCGGGUUCUUGGUCACCUCCCUGACCAAGGCCCUUCUCCCCCCGAUUGCUCAGUUUGGCCUGGCGGCCAGCUCAAGGAAGAGUCUUGGUGGUUCCAAACUUCUUCCAUUAAAGAAUGAUGGAGGCCAUUGUGUUCUUGGGGACCUCCAAUGCUGCAGACAUUUUUUGGUUAACUUCCCCAGAUCUGUGCCUCGACACAAUCCUGUCUCGGAGUUCUACAGACAAUUCCUUCGACCUCGUGGCUUGGUUUUUGCUCUGACAUGCACUGUCAGCUGUGGGACCUUAUAUAGACAGGUGUGUGCCUUUCCACAUCAUGUCCAAUCAAUUGAAUUUACCACAGGUGGACUCCAAUCAAGUUGUAGAAACAUCUCAAGGAUGAUCAAUGGAAACAGGAUGCACCUGAGCUCAAUUUCGAGUUUCAUAGCAAAGGGUCUGAAUACUUAUGUAAAUAAGGUAUUUCUGUUUUUAUAUUUUAUAAAUUAGCAACAAUUUCUAAAAACCUUUUUUUGCUUUGUCAUUAUGGGGUAUUGUGUGUAGAUUGAGGAAAACAAUUUAAUCAAUUAGAAUAAGGCUGUAACGUAACAAAAUGUGGAAAAAUUAAAAAUGUCUGAAUACUUUCCGAAUGCACUGUAGGUGCUGAUUUUACAUUUACAUUUACAUUUAAGUCAUUUAGCAGACGCUCUUAUCCAGAGCGACUUACAGUUAGUGAAUACAUUUUUUUAUUUAUUUUUUAUACUGGCCCCCCGUGGGAAUCGAACCCACAACCCUGGUGUUGCAAACACCAUGCUCUAUCAACUGAGCUACAUCCCUGCCGGCCAUUCCCUCCCCUACCCUGGACGACGCUGGGCCAAUUGUGCGCCGCCCAUGAGUCUCCCGGUCGCGGCCGGCUGCGACAGAGCCUGGAUUCGAACCAGGAUCUCUAGUGGCACAGUUAGCACUGCGAUACUCACGAUUCUAUAUGUAUUACAAUACGAUACUGUGAUUUUAUUGCGAUUUGAUGUUUCAAGCAUAUUGCUCACCAUAUGUCCUCUGCAGAGGGACAAGAGAGAGCCAUGAGAAAACAAGUUUUGAUCAGCCAUGGAAAUAAGUGCUGAAAACAAAUUGGGUCCCUAUUUAAAAAGAUGGAGAAAAAGCUAUGAAGGAAAAAUACUUUUUGGUGCAAGUACAACCAACUGGCGCCAAAAAUAAUAUCGCGAUAUUGUCAAAAUGAUACGAUAUAUUCUGAAAAAUAAUAUCCCGAUAUGUAACUAAGUUUCCCUCCACCCCAAUCACUAGUUAUAACGUUGCUUUGAUCAACACCACCCACCCUCAUUGUUAUUAAGUUGAAAGGUCAUUAGUCAAGAAGCACUACAGUUAUUAGGCUAAACAGUCCCUCCACACGAGUCCUGUCAGUCCACACAUCCAUUUAUAAGUAACACAGGUCAAGGUCAGCAGGGCCUGUCUUUCACUUUCUAGCUUAUAGCCUAGUUUAAAAAAUCUAUGUGAUAAUAUAGGCUAGGCCAACACACACACACAAUAAUCAAAACCCCUGCUGACCCUUCGCCCCACAGUUUAGGAACCACUGCUGUAGUAGGCCGAUCCCUCUGCUUCGCUUUUGUCACUCAUCGGCUGGGCCAUAGUGGUUGCAGACGUAGGCCUAAUCUGAAACCACACCUUGUGCACAUUAGGUUACUUUUUAGUUGGGAUCGAUAAGAUAAAUUCUCAUUGUGGUCUCAUCCUGGUGUGGCUGCCAGACAAAUAAGAUACUGGUAUAAUUAGUGUAGUUUUGAAUUGCAAUUGCCAGAUUGUUCCUGCAGGCACCUUUUUAUAAAUGGUGUUUUGUAGUUGACAGUUUGGGAUCUCUGGGCCUGUCCAAAGAUGCAAAACUCCAGGGCUUGAGGUCCUGCAAACGGUUACAAAGAUUACAAAUAGUAGGAAAUGGCUGAUUAGAUUUGUAACAAUUAACGUUGUGAAUUGGAAUGACAAGAAAGGAGUGUAUCAGUGUUUAAUGAAGUCUUGAUUAGUGCUUUGCCAAAUAAGUAGGCUAAAUGUGAAAAUUAACCAAACUUGUAUUCUUUCUCUUCUCUAACAGCAAAGUACCCAGAAAUAAAGACCCUAAUGGGGCCUGAUCCCAGGCUGAAGUGGAUUGUUUGCAUGAUGGUAAUGAUCCAGUUCUUAGCAUUCUACCUGGUCAAAGCCCUGGACUGGAAAUGGGUCCUGUUCUGGACUUAUGCCUUUGGCAGCUGCAUUAACCACUCUAUGACCCUGGCCAUCCACGAGAUCUCCCACAACACAGCAUUUGGUAAUAACAGGGCCAUGUGGAACCGCUGGUUCGCCAUGUUUGCCAACCUGCCCAUCGGGCUGCCGUAUUCUGCCUCCUUUAAGCGCUACCACCUGGACCACCACCGCUACCUGGGAGGUGACGGUGUAGACGUAGACAUCCCCUCUGAAUUUGAGGGCUGGUUCUUCUGCACACGCUUCCGCAAGUUUGUCUGGAUCAUCCUCCAGCCUCUGUUCUACGCCAUCCGCCCUCUCUGCAUCAACCCCAAGCCCAUCACCAGGCUGGAGCUGGCCAACGCGGCUGUGCAGCUGUCCUUCAAUGUGGCCCUCUACUGGCUGUGUGGAGCCAAGCCUGUGGUCUACAUGUUGGCGGGCUCCUUGCUGGGAAUGGGCCUGCACCCCAUAUCUGGACACUUUAUUGCCGAGCACUACAUGUUCCUGAAGGGCCAUGAGACCUACUCCUACUAUGGCUCCCUCAACCUGCUCACCUUCAACGUGGGCUACCACAACGAGCACCACGACUUCCCCAGCAUCCCAGGACGUAGGCUACCUCUGGUAUGGUAUGGGUGUUGAAAACAUUGGGGGGUGGCUCUAUGGAGAGGGAAGACGUUAUCAUCGGACCAAUUUAGCAUUAUAACUGUUGUCAUCAAGUAAACAGAUAUAAAGUAUGUAGAAAAGAUAAUUGACCUAUAUAUUUUUAAUAAUAUCAUCUUUGAGAAUUAACAUUCACCAAAAUAAAAGCUAGACAGUCAGGGAGAAUUGAAAAUGCCAAAAGCAAUUAAUUUAGCAGUAUUGUUUUUGUUAUUAUGUUUGAGCAAAAGAACACAGCAUUAGCCAUGGCAAAAUGCAUAGAAUUGCAGGAAAUUAGCUUUAAAACUAACAUUUUCUCUCAGCUCCAUGAAAUUAGUAGAAUUGCAGGAAAUUGGCUUAAAAAUGCCAAUUUCUCUACACCGCCAAGAUGGGGGGCCUAUAAACUUUUCUCAAAAAUUCAACCAUGCCGACUGGCCGACGGUGCCCAUUGCCACACCCCCUGCCACGCCCACCACCUAAGCCCCUUUUUGAUUCAGAAAAAAACCUGGUAAUGAAAUGGUAAUAAUUAACUUUAUUUACUUAGUGCUUGCAUUUGCUUGCAUAUCGCUAUGAAACAGGAUAGGUAAUUAAACACGAGGUAAUACAAAAAUAAGAUUCAAACAUCCAUAAAACAACCAUAUUCCUCCAAAUAUGUUUAGGCAGACUGUUCCAGUAUCCAGGCUCAUAAGAAAAGCCAGACCCAGAAAGAUUUUGACCUCAAGCUCUAUUUCGCAGAACAUUCUGUGUUUGGAGAUGUAAAUGAUCUAAAGGAUGAUACACCAUUGUGCAAAGAAUGUCUACAUGUUGGUUUAUGGGGAAAGGUGUUGCAUCAUGAGUAUUCUUAUAUGAUUCAGGACGGCUGCAAUCCCCUGGUUGGUAAUGAGAGAAACACUUUAGCUGAAGACACUUGUAGCACAGAUGAAAGGGGAAUCCCAGAUACGUCACAUGGGGUAAAAACCAGAAGUUUCCGGGUUAGAACUUCCACUCACCACCUAAUAUUAGGGCAGGGACGAUACUCGUUAGUAAUCGUGUCAAGGAAACAAAACACGAAGCGGAUUUAACUUCUUUAGGAAAACAGUCCUAAUGUUGGAAACAAACAUCAUUAUGUUGUCACCCAGCAUCACAUGUAUUUAUUUUCCAAGCUAUAGCAUACAAUAUUUUACAUACAGCAGGUUUUUAAAGGACCAAAAAGUUUAUCCUGCUUUGUGUUUUCAUUUUUGCCAUGGAAAAAAUAUUACGAUACUGGUAUCGUCACAGCCCUACCAAAUAUGGUGAUGAGUGGAAGUCCAGUGGCAGGCAGAGAGGGAAGAUGAACCUGGGCGGACGUUCUGCUUAUUUUAUCAUCGAUGAAACAUCCUAUCUCCAUACAGUUUUCGGUUCCCUAAACAAUAAUCUGUUAUGAGUGCACUAAGUUUUGUAGAAUUCACCCUUUGCCAAAGUAUUUUAAUAUUCUAUUGUUUAGGAAUGCAAGGGCAAAUUGAGUUAUUGCACACGGGCACUUCUGAGUAGGCGUUCCCUAAUGGAAAUAUGCAAAUGCAUGUUAAAACACGCCAGGAUCUCGCUAGCUUGCACUUGGCUCUGCCCACCUCCUUGUUUGUUCUGACCAGUGUGCAUCAUUUGUUCCCAAUGUCAACUACGUAUAAGUCCUAUCUUGGGUUAGUUAUAAUAAUCUUUGCUUGUAGCAAACUAGACUAAUGUUGUUUUUUUCCUUCUGCUAAACCUAGGUGAAGAAAAUAGCAUCAGAGUACUAUGAUGACCUGCCCCACUACACAUCGUGGGUGAAGGUCCUGUAUGACUUCAUUAUGGACGACCAGCUCAGCCCCUACUCUCGUGUGAAGAGGAGGCUGAAGGGAGAUGUCAAGCAGGAAUAA